GCGAAAUGUUACUAAUUCAGAUUACCAAAUGCUGUUUAUUAAAAUAAAAAAAAAAACAAAAAGAAGGACGAUUCGCUAAACUUUAAAUUACCAAACAUCACUUAUUUCGGUAACUAAUUUAUCUACUUUUAAUGCUAAACCCUUUUGUUUCCUAAAAACUGGCUUCUACUUUUUUAUGGAGGUAAGAGUUCUGGUAACAGCAACUAGUGCACCGCAUUCUCCACUUUCCGACGGGACCUUCACACCCAAAAAUUAGAGAAAAAUACCACGUUUGGUCGGUCAGAGGAAUCCGUUUCUGAAUUGUUGAUGCUGGAAAGAAAGUGCGGAUGUCAAUGAAAUCUUAAUAUGAGUAUCCCAGAGCAUGUAUCUGAAGAACUCCGGCAAAAGCUUCAGGACUUGCAACUCGAAUUUCAAAAUGGUUUACUCACGGAAAAAGGCUAUCAGAAGAAAAAACUAGCCUUACAUGACCAGUGGGAGGCAUUUGAGAUGAGCAAAAGGCAAAGUCAGGUCUUACCGGAAAAUUCAGCACAACCAUUAUUCUACAAUGCACACGAGCGGUCAUCAUCAUCAAGCUCAGAUGCAGCCAUGUUAAAACGAGCAUCAGUGCUGUCUACAAUACAGGAACCAGUCCCACAACUGCGAAAGUCUACUUCAACGAAGCGUACAGACGUUGCUAAUAUAUUCGAUGAAAGCAAUUUUGGCAGUGUAUGCAAUGCUGAGGAACAGCUCGUCAACCAACAAUGGGCCCAGUAUGCUGGAAAGCAGCAAUAUCCAUUAGAACCAAGAGAUAUUCCUUUCCCUGUUAUGGAUCCUCUGGAUCCCAAGGUCGAGAUGAAACAGUUCACAAACAUUGCAUCCGUCCUACGGUAUCGCGGAGCUAAGCAUGGAAAAAAGGCGGCCUUCAUCAUUCUUGAUAAUAAAGGAAAGGAGUUUGCUUCCAGUACUUGGGAAAAAAUUGCUUCUCGAGCAGAGAAAGUGGCCCAAGUCAUUCGCGACAAAAGCGGUCUUUUCCGCAGUGAUCGUGUUGCUCUCAUGUACCGGGAUUCUGAAAUUAUCGACUUUGUUGUCUCAUUGUUUGGAUGCCUUAUUGCUGGUGUCGUUGCUGUGCCCAUUAACCGUUUCGACGAUUACAAUGAGCUUACAUUUAUCUUAAAAACUACUGGUGCGAAACGAGCUUUAACAACGGACGCCAACCUGAAGGCUUUCCAGCGAGACUUGACUACAAAAAAGCUGCACUGGCCAAAGGGCGUGGAAUGGUGGAAAACAAACGAGUUUGGUGGACUGCAUUUAAAAAAGAAUGAAACUUUUGCUCCAUUACAACUUCCGGACCUUGCAUACAUUGAGUUUUCUCGUUCACCCAUCGGCGAACUUCACGGCGUCGUUAUCUCUCAUCGUACAAUCAUGCACCAGAUGCUCAGUCUAGGCGCUGUGCAUGCCUCUGCUCCGCCUGCCGAAACUACGAAGCCAACAACAAUGGGUUACGAUCGCGAAUCCGUAGAGCAGUCAGAUAUUUUCCUUACCUACUUGGACUUGCGCCAAUCAGUGGGUCUAAUUUCUGGCGUGUUGAACUCAUUGUAUAUGGGUUACACUACAGUAUGGUGUCCUCAAUCUGCCGUUUUUAUUCCAGGUUUAUGGGCAAAUUUGGCUACACGCUAUCGCUGUUCGGUUAUGUUAACAGACUAUGCCGGUUUGAAAACCAUUGCCUACAACUAUCAAAACGAUCCAAAAGCCACCCUCGGCUUUUCAAAGAAACAUCCUGUAGACCUUGGUGCGUUGCGCAUGUGUAUGGUUGACUGCCUAAACGUAGACUGCGAGUUUCAGGAAAUUGUUGCUGAUCGUUGGCUUAAACCGUUAGGCAACCAAAAAGCGCGAUCAACAAUUGUUCCCCUUUUGUGUUUACCAGAACACGGAGGAAUGAUCAUAUCAAUGAAGGAUUGGAUUGGCGGUGAAGAGUUUCUGUUCCCCAAAGCUUCACGAAUGCCUCGAACGCACGAGAAUGAGAUUGCAGAAGUUUUGCUGGAAAAGGAUCCUUUGAAACUUAACGAAGUUGUUAUCAUCGCGGAAGACGAAAAAUCAAGACGACAAUCAAAGCUUCCGGGCACCAUUCGUGUUGGCGCUUUUUGGUAUCCUUUUGCCGAUGCCACGUUGGCUAUUGUUGAUCCAGAAACCCAAAUCCUUUGCUUACCUAAUAUCGUCGGUGAGAUUUGGGUCGAUUCUCCUUCUUUAUCUGGUGGUUUUUUCGGAUUGCCAAAACAAACAGAAGCUAUUUUCCAUGCUCGCACAUACUACAUCUCUAGUGAUACUCUUCAGCCUGUGCCUUCAAAUCAGGAAUUCCUUCGAACGGGUCUGUUGGGAUUUAUUCAUAAGGGUAAAGUUCAUGUUUUGGGUUUGUACGAAGACCGUUUACAGCAAAAGGUUGAAUGGGUAGAUGAUGGAAAACAGGACACUAUUUUCUUUCAUCAUUACACGUCGCAUCUCGUAAAUACCAUCAUGAGAAAAGUCUCAAAAGUUUUUGAUUGCUCGGCUUUUGACAUUUAUAUCAACAAUGAGCAUUUGCCUGUCGUUCUUUUAGAAAGCCAAGUUGCGAAUGUUGCCACUGAUUCUUCGGGCAGUCAAAUGGCACUCGAUUAUACGAUGUUGGAUGUCCUAACUUGCGAAUGUAUCGAAUAUCUUUUAGAAUACCACCAAGUUCGUGUGUACUGUGUUCUGAUUUGUGCACCCUACACAUUGCCUCGUGUGACAAAAAAUGGUCGCCGUGAAAUUGGAAACAUGAUGUGCCGCAAGGCUUACGAGCGUGGAACCCUACCGUUCGUGUAUGUGAAGUUUGCAGUAGAGCGAGCAGUUUACAAUUUGCCUGUGGGUGAGGAUGCUAUCUUUGGCAUCUGGUCGGAUUUCGCAAGCAAUACACGAAAGGCCAUGCUAUGUGAUCAAGAAUUGCAAUACAGCGGCUUCAUUGGAAAACCACUGUCAUAUGAUCGUAGGACGAAGACCGACAUUUCUAACUUCCAAAGCAUUGUACAGCUUCUGCAAGUUCGAGUAAAUUCGACACCCGAUGACAUUGUGUAUGUGCCUAUUGAUGGAAAGGGACGAGAGGGAAAAGCAAUUUCUUGGCGAAAGUUUGAUGUAAAGAUUGCAACUGUCGCACGCUACCUAACCAAACGUAAAUUCUUACGAAUUGGUAAAGUCGUUCUUUUAAUGUACACGCAUUCUGAAGAUUUCAUUUAUGCUGUUUACGCCUGCUUCUAUCUCGGUCUAAUACCAAUUCCUGUUCCUCCUCUUGAUGCGUUCCGUCUGUCAGAGGACGUUCCGGCCUUACUCCAUCUAAUUAAACGGUACAAGGUGACAGCAGUUUUGUUGAACACGGAUGCAGACACCAUUGUACGAAGCAAAAAUGUUAGUCAACAUUUGCGACAAUCAGCAACAGCCGCCCAUGUUAAUCUCCCCCCUUUUAUACUCACAUCAAAAAUUAACAAGCAAAGCAAGAGUUGCCGUGAGUGUGGUUUUGAUGUUCCGCCUAUUGCCCUCAAUCCUGCUUUCCCAGCACUCGUUUGGGCAUAUAAUUCUCCUGACCAUCGCAUCACGUUGGCUUCAUACAAUCAUACUGCUAUCUUGGAAAUGUGUCAGAUUCACAAGGAGACAUAUCAACUGAACCACUCAAAGCCAGUGUUAGGUCAUGUUCGAAGCAUGAACGGUAUCGGUUUCAUUCAUACUGUUUUGCUAGGCACAUUUCUGGGCUCAACUACAUAUCUCUUGUCUCCUGUGGACUUUGCGACGAACCCUUUAUUACUGUUCCAAACCAUUUCUAAAUAUAAAAUUAAGGAUACGUACGCAACGUUGCAGACCAUUGAGCAUGCACGGUCUGUUUCUAAUGCUCGCUGGCCACCACUGUCUGAGCUCAAAAACUUAAUGGUUCCCCAUUCAACCAGGACUAAUGCUGGCUAUUUGCAAGAGCUUCAAACUUUCUUGGCUAGCCAUGGUAUGAGUCCCUACGCAUUUAGCCCAGUAUACAGUCACCCUCUUAAUCCUGUUGUUUCGACACGAUCUUAUAUGGGUAAUGCUCCCCAGCAGCUGUGUGUUGACUUACGUGCCCUUCGACAUGGACUCAUCCAGAUUUGUGAAUCAAAGAAUAAAGUAUACUCUCUUCCCUUAUUAGACUUUGGAAUGGUGCCCGUGUCUACCCAAAUAGCCAUUGUUAACCCAGACACGCAAGAACUGUGUCAUGCGGGUGAGUACGGUGAAAUAUGGGUACGCUCUAUGGCGAAUGCACUCUCGUUUUUUGAAUCGAAAGAGCCCACCGAUUUGGAACGUUUUGGAGCACGAAUUAAAGACGGCUUGUUAGGUGACUCGACUUAUGUUCGCACAGGUGAUUUUGGCUUCCUACAGAUUACUAGCGAACAAAUGGGCAACGACGGACCUUUGGUAGACAUGCAGCUGCUGUAUGUAUUAGGUGAAAUUGGUGAAACGUUUGAAGUGAAUGGUCUUAGUCAUUUCCCUUGUGAUAUUGAAGAUACUGUGGAACGUUCGCAUCUUCGCAUCACUCCUAAUGGGUGUGCCGUUUUUCAGUCUGCAGGUGCUGUCAUCGUUGUCGUUGAGGUUAUAGGUCAGGACCAUCUAGCUGCCAUUGUACCAGUCAUCGUCAACAGCAUACUGAAUGAGCACCAAAUCGUUGUUGAUGUCGUCGCUUUCACAGCAAAAGGAAGCUUUCCUCGUUCUCGUCUUCGUGGAAAGCAGCGUGGAAAGAUUCUGGCCUCUUGGAUUACGGGACGGCUGCGAACCAUCCAAACCUUCAUUAUAAAAAAUGAUGACAGUACCCGUGCUUCUGUUUUUAUUGAGGAACUUGAGCGCCCGGUUUCCAGUGACUAUGCGGCCUCCAUUCAUUCCCGAGUGUCACUGUAUAACAAACACCUUUAAAAUGACUGUCAUUUGUUGUUACGAUUCAUUUUGUUUCAUCUUUUGUUAACACUUUUUUGUCUAAUCAGCAUUUAUAUUAGAAUCUACUACAGAAAUCCUUCAAUUUCAAAGCAAAUGAAGACUGUUCCAUUAUCAUUUCCGGUUAAGCAUUACAAUAUUCAUAUACUAUUUUUAUAUAUAUAUACCAUUUAUAUACUUGUUAAGUCAACAAUCCUGUUUUUGCCUGCUUCUAUACCGGGAGCGCCAUAAUUGCCGUACCCUUACCUCGUGGUCGGCAGUUAAGGCACCACAGUACCAAACAACACAGACACUA